CUACCCGCCUCGGGACUUGUGGGAGGGACGGGGUGGGGAGGCUGUCAGACAGAAAGGGUUCCGCGCUCUGAGUUCAGAGCGCUAGUCUGAUGUAGGUCUUGGGUCUCACACAGGUGCGAUGGCUCUAAGGGGAGUCACAACCCCCGGGAGGCGAGUCUUUUGGGAGGGUUGAAGUUUCUCUAGUGAGAGCUUCAUCAGGUUAGAGUUCAAGGAGAUAGUAUCUCGAGGGGGUCAAAGGCUGGCAAGGAGAGCCUCUAUGCCAGAGGUCCGAGGCUUAGCGGGCUCUCUGAGGCAGGCGACGGAUGAGCGACUUCACCUGAUUUACUGUUCUAUCAUGCGUGCUCCUCUCUUGACCAGAGGGGUCCUAGUCACCAUGGAGGACCCGCUUCCCAAAGAGACCUUGGAGCAGCAGGAUUCGUCCAAAGAGAGGAGUCCCCGCAAUGCAGGAGGCGACAUCUGCCAUCUGGGGGCCCUGCAGUGCACCCGCUGCCUCAUCACCUUCGCCAAUUCCAAGUUCCAGGAGCGCCACAUGAAGCGGGAACACCCAGCGGACUUCGUGGCCCAGAAGCUGCAGGGGGCCCUCUUCAUCUGCUUCACCUGCGCCCGCUCCUUCCUCUCUUCCAAGGCCCUGAUCGCCCACCAGCGCAGCCACAGUCCUGCCACCAGGCCUUCCCUGCCGGUUGUACCCACCAUUGCCCAGCCCACCUUCCCCUGCCCUGACUGUGGCAAGACCUUUGGGCAGGCCGCUUCUCUGAGGCAGCACCGCCAGGUGCAUGAAGCCCACUCCCCUCCUGGCCCCUUCGCCUGCACUGAAUGUGGUCAGGACUUUGCCCAGGAAGCUGGGCUGCAUCAACACUACAUCCGGCAUGCCCGUGGGGAGCUCUGAGUGCAGCUUCAGCCCUCCCCGGGGUAACGGGCUGUGUGGCUGGUGGGACCCACCUUUGAUAAUGGGAUGGGCCCUUGCAGGAAUUUGCUUCCCUCCCUGGAAAGGCAAAGGGCUCCUAAUAAAUAGAACCCAGAUGCUCUUUAGAGCUUCAGUCUUUGGACAGAAAGGCCUUUAGGGAAACAGUGAAAUCAGACAAGAGUGAGAUCUUUUGUUUUAAAAAAAAUGAGUAAGAAAGAGGGAAAGUUAUUUGUAUCUCCUGCAUUCCCAAUUAAGUAGCUUGAAAUCACAGUAGCUGCAGAUUGUGUAACCACCUUUAAUUCUUCCCUGAUGGAUGCCAUGGGCUGUAGGAGCAAAUUGCCCUGGUUCUGUGCCUAAAGGGGAGCAGGGAAGGUGAGGUGUUGCUGGCCUGUAAUGCCACCAGAUGGGUCCCAGAUAUGGAGCAGCUCCAGCCUUUGGGGAUGGGCAGCAAAGUUAGGAGCUGUACUGAGUAAUGUGGGGGUUGCAGUUCAAGUCCUUGUCUCCUCCCCACCCUCUGCCAGCCUUUUCCACCUGAGGGGCCAUGGCAGCGGGUGGCUUUGUCAUUUACUGCCCAUUUAAAUAAUUUUAUGUACCAUCUGGUCAUGGAAUAUUUUUUAUACGUGUGAGAUGGUAUGAAUAAACUAACAGAAAUAGUAUCUAAAAACAGAAAAACUCUACAUUAAGAUAUCUAAACAAGGAACUCUGGCUUUUCAGUAGGAAUUCCCAGAGUACAUGAAAAGGGCAUGAGGAGGGGGGAGCUCAGGGCUGAGCCGGCCUUGCCCUGUGAGGAAACUGGUUUGGUAUCAAACAGAGAUACCUUCUGUUUCCCGUUGUACUUGGCCAACAUUGGGAGAUUUCCCAUUAAGAUCCGAUUUUCAGCUCUUGAAAAGCCUACCCUUGGCUGAGUCCCACCAGGCCAGUUUUACUCCUUUGCAUUACCUGCCUUGCCCCUAGAGACAAUGGUUGAUGCCCUAUAUAUAUAAACUCAUUUAAAUUGAGAGAUGUUUUUAAAACCCACAGUUGGGAUGGAGGUGGUAGAGACUGACAGCUGUUCCCAAUUUUUAGCUGGGCAUAUGAUGGCUACAGAGACCACAUCUCCCAGAUUCCCUUGCAGCUAGCUGUGGCCAUGUGACUAAGUUCUGGCUAAAUUCAUAGGUAGAGUCCUCAAGCUUCAGAAAGGGACAUGCCUUUCCUCCACCUUCUUCUGUCUGGAAUGUGGACAUGGUAUCCAGCCAUCUUGGACCAUGAGAGCAACAGGUGGGAUGGCAGAGCAACAAGAUAGCAGGAGUCUGGGUCCCUGGUCAACUUCAUGCAGCAGAGCCAUCAUAUCAGCCCUAGAACACCCUCUUCCCUACUGUCAUAUAAGAGAGAAAUAAGCCUCUACCUUGUUUAAGCUGCCAUUAGCGUGGGUCUUUGUCACACACAGCAUAAUUUACAGCUUAAGACAGGAGUCUGCAAACUAUGGCCAAAUCCAGCUUGCCUCCUGGUUGUGCAAAUAAAGUUUUAUUGGAAC